AUCUACACACUGUAGGUAAACGUCGGCUGACAGUGAUCCAGCUGCUGUUCAUCCAGAUGUUUCUCUGUGGUCUGCUAGAAAACGCAGCCACAGGUGAUUUUGGUUGAAACAUAGUGUUGGUUCCUGUCGCUGAAAAGGUUUUCGACACGUUUUUUCCCCUGUAUUUGGGGUCAGUAACCUGCGAAAAGACGGAGGCACUCGGAAUUUACUGGAAUUUGGAUUUUUAUCCGCGAUAACUGUUCAGACGUUGGUCUUUGUUGUUUGAAUAUUUGAAAAGAAAAGGAAAGUAAAAAGUCGUCGCACCUGCUGUAGGACGAAGGAAAGAAAGAAAGAAAGACAGCGCUUUGUCUGAUCUUUUCUUGAAACUAGGAAGCAGAAAAAAGGAAGGAAGGAGGGAGGAAAGGAAGUAAAGUAGGAAAGGAGACAUCUUCACCUCUGUUGCCUUUUGCUUUCCUCUCUGAAGAGAUGUAUGUGGAGAAGGUUGUAACAGGGAAAAAGAUGGGGAGUAAUGGAAUCUCUCUGACCUGUGUGUUUACUCCUUGCCGGGUGAUGGGUGUGUGUGUGACACUGAUGAUGAUGGGAGCCGUUGGAGCAGCAGUUUGGGCCGUAGUCACAUAUUGUACAAUGGAAGAAGACACAGAACUCUAUGAUGUUCAGGUAAACUUUGCUGACCAACAUCUCAGAGUCUUUGACCCUGCUCAGAAAAGGUGGCGUCAGGUCUGUUCCUCCUCAGCCAAUCAACUGCUGGCUAGCAUCAGCUGUGAAGAAGUGGGCUUUGUCAGUUUGGUAAAUUACUCGGUCACAUCGGUACCAGAGGGAGGUGGAGAUGGAGGAGAGUUCUUCUGUGUCCGACAGGAAGAGCUCAGCUAUGGCAAAAAAAUCAAAGACUCAAUGUACCCGUGUGACUGUGAGAGCAGAGAGGUUCUGACCUUGGUGUGUCAAGACUGUGGCAGACGCAGUUUUGCUGCAGACCGCAUUGUUGGUGGUGUGGAUGCACGACAGGGCAGCUGGCCUUGGCAGGUCAGUUUACAGUAUGAUGGGGUCCAUCAGUGUGGAGGUUCCAUCAUCUCAGACCGCUGGAUUGUUUCUGCAGCUCACUGCUUUCGCGACCGAUUCCGCAUUGUGAAUCGCUGGCGUGUGCUGCUCGGCUCCAUCUAUAAUAAACCGGUAAAUGCCAACGUGGCGGAAGUGAAGACCAUAGUUUACCACAGCAGCUACCUGCCUUUUGUAAAUGCAGACAUUGAUGAUAACAGCAGAGAUAUUGCUGUUCUGGCCCUGACACAGCCACUCACCUUUAAUGAAUACAUCCAGCCUGUCUGCCUUCCAGCAUAUGGUCAGAGAGUGAUAGACGGACAAAUGGGAACAGUAACAGGCUGGGGAAAUGUUGAAUACUAUGGUCACUUGGCAAAUGUUCUGCAGGAAGCACAUGUCCCAAUCAUCAGUGACACUGUCUGCAAUGCUCCUGAUUACUACGACAAUCAGAUCACCACCAGCAUGUUCUGUGCUGGUUAUGAGAAAGGAGGCAUUGAUGCCUGCCAGGGAGACAGUGGUGGACCUUUUGUUGGAGAAGACAGUUUUUCGAAGACCAGCAGAUAUCGUCUGUUGGGAGUUGUCAGCUGGGGAACGGGCUGUGCCAUGCCAAAGAAGCCUGGAGUCUAUACCAGAGUGUCCCGCUUUCUACCUUGGAUAUCUACAGCCAUGAGGAACUAUCAGAACUCACCAGGGAUUCAGAAAAUGGCCAGGACAUGAGGUUACUGCACCCACGCUUGUACUUUUCUACACCAAAAUGAAAAUAUGUCCAAAUCCUGCAGAUGUUAAUGUGAAGUGGUACAACAUGGUUUGGGAAGCUGCAGUGUUAACAUGUAUUAUGUUUUGGAUUCACCUGAAAAUGACAGUGGCUCUCUCUGCUGUUCCCCCUACCCCCCAAUUGAAAUAUCCUGUAUACAGAUGUCUAUUUCAGAGUAGAGCAGCCUGGACCAUUAGUGUUUGGACAGUGCACCAUUUUCUGCAGUUAAUUUAUGCACUAAAGAGCUCAAAUUUAGUAGCAGUUGUCUUGCUGUUGGAGUGUUUAAAUGCCUAAUUAAAGCACAAAAAGGCAACGAUCAUGUUUUAUUGAAAAAAAAUGCAAAAAAAGAGAUAAGGAACAAACCCUUUGGCGAUAUUUCUGUGUAAAAACAUGGUGUUUUUAGCCUAAUUUUAGAUGAAUUUGAUGUCAUUUUUAUAUUUUUCUCCCACAGCUUACACUAUCUCUCUUUUUGUCUAUCUUUCAGUUCUUUCUGCACUAAUUUUUGGCAUGCAUACAAUCUAAUUAUGUCUACAUUUGUGCUCCUUUUCUUGUGUAUCUCUAAGGUAUAUCUAUGCUAUUUAUGGCUAAUGUUUAGCUGUUUUUGGCUAACUUUUUAAUAUAGAGUUAAUAGCUGAAUUUUUGUUUUGUUGCUAUUUUGUGUCUAACCUCUUUUGCUAUAAGUGCUAACCCUUUGCUUAAGCUUUCAUCAGUUCUAUGCCAAUUGUAGUUUUUCUCUUCAGGACCACAAAUGAGUUACUGUCCAGACACAAGUUUUCUUGAUGGAAAUUCAUCAGGUUAAACAUAUGCCCAGAGUUUUGACAAGCACAUUUGGAAGGUUAAAUGUGACUUUGGACAAAAUAUAAUGCGGUUGUUUUUGUAAUAUGUUUGUUUUUAAUGUGUUUUCUAUUGGAUGUUACAAUCAAUUAAAAAACAAUGGAUAAACGUCUUGCAGCAGUAAAUUAUAAAAUAUAUGAAAUAAGUCUAAAAGCUGUGCCAUGUCAGCAGUCGUUCCACAUGGUGGCCCAAAAACACUAAAAAAAUAUUUUAUCCAUGUGAACCGUAAGCCACAAUGGAUAUAGGCUCCAUAUAGGCAGCACAGUGGGAAACCUAAUUCUUUAAAGAUAUAAGAAGAUGUUAAUCUUUUUAGGAUUUAGUUUUAUGUAAAGUAUCCUGACUUUUACAAUCUGUAAUUAGUCACCCCAGAUUUGACCAAUAUUCCUGUUGGAAAAAGAUAACGCUUACAUUCCAGACAGUAUUUUGCUGUUUUUUGUAAAUAUUAGUCAGUGUCUAGUUUAUGUGUAUGUAGAUGCUUGUGUCAGAUGAAGAGCUGUUAAUAUCCAGGAGUGCAAUAAAAGAAUUAUGCAAAA